CGUGUCAUGUGACAGGCCUCUGUGAGAAAUGCCAACAUGGAACCGUGGCAAGGACGAUGUUCUUCCCAACAAUAACAUUGAAAGGGACAUCUGGAUCCAUCCUAUGUCACGCAUCCGCAAUCCGGACACUUCAAUCCGUAUUUACUCGAGUGUUUACAAAUCGUGGCAAUACCUUCGGUCUUCCUCCGAUCCGCAUUUCAACAAAUGGUCUCCAUAAGUGACAAAGCGGUGGCCGCUGCUAAUGAAUCGUUUGCGGACCAUGCCUUGGCCACCCUGCCCUUCGUGGAAGUGGGCGGCAGCGAGAGCAGCGAGAGAGGCAGCUCCAUCUCCUGCUCCAGUCCCGAAACCGGAGAUGCCGGAGCUCAGCUCGGCUACAGCCCGGGGGAAGAAGACGAGGACGAUGGGCCGCUGCAGAUCUUUUUAGACUCCACGGAGGAAAUGUUGACUCAGCCGCCCAAGCUGCCUGAUUUUAUACCCCAGCUCUCCAGCACCUUCUCUCCGACCCUGGAGGACAUUGAGGAGUUCUUGAUGGAGAAGAUGGAGCUUCUCAGCGAUGCUCCUCUGAGUCCAGAGGAAAAGUCGAAGGAGGAUGAGCCUCCUAUACAGCCGUCUUCCCCCGGUGACCCGGGGCCGAAAUCCAGCCCGACCGCAACGCCUCCUGCCGCUCAAAAUGUUAACACCGCGGCUAAUGCUGCGCCGGUGCUCGUCGGUGCUCCGUUUGUGCUUCAAUUACAGCCUCUCCAGCUAAGCCACGCCCUCCCACAGCCAGACGCCCAGUCGGGUGUGGCCAACGGGCUCCGGGUGGCCCACCUGGUGCUCGGUGUCCAAGGGGCACAGAACAUUACCCUUCUUUCACCACAGGUGCCCUCAGCAACUCUCCUCCCCAUUGUGGGCGAGGCCGGCAACCAAGACCAAAAGUAUGUGAAGAUCGCUCCCUUGCCUAUUGCCGUCAGGGCGGUCGGAAUCGCGGGCGCAGGCCUGGUCAAAGCCAUCACCCCACGUCCAUCCAGGACCUCCACGGAAACCUUGCGGGUGCACAAGUGCUCUCACCCCGGGUGCGAGAAGAUGUACACCAAGAGCAGCCACCUGAAGGCUCAUUUCCGCAGACACACGGGAGAGAAGCCCUACCUGUGCAGCUGGCCAGACUGUGGGUGGAGGUUCUCUCGCUCUGAUGAGCUGUCCCGCCAUCGGCGAUCUCACUCGGGGGUCAAGCCUUAUGAGUGCACAAUGUGCGACAAAAAGUUCGCCAGGAGCGACCACCUGUCCAAACACACCAAGGUGCACCGGGGUCCUCGCGCCGGCAGGCUGGUCAGAGCAAACGUCUGAUCCUGGAUAAACCUGGAGUCCGAGAGGGAAAGCGGCGACAUCUAAAACGGCCUCGCAAGCUGUAACCCCUCCGCCUUCAUUUUUGUCUCCGUUUCCUCCCCCGGUUUUUUUUUUUUUUUAAACCGUUUAUCCGGGCGUUUGUUUAUCUUGGUGCUACAGUCAGCUAACUUGAAACUCAGGGAUGUGAUUGUUAAGCUCGAAGCAGAUUUCAGUCGAUCGGUUGUGAAGCUCGCGGUCGAUUUCAUCGCGUUUCGUCCUUUCGCCGGCGUGAGGCUACGGGUCGAGCCGCGGCAGGUUUUGAGAUCUGUUCUUAUUGCCUUUAAACCGAGGUUGCGGGAAGUCUGGAGAUCCAGUGGGCAAUACGGAGUGUGAUUUGAAGAAACCGCAUUUCCUGUACAGUUUGUGAAUAUUGUGUUAUAACCAGGUGAAAAUAUACAAGGAAAACAGUAUUUUGGUCGGUAACUAAAGCAAGGAUGCUGCAGAAUUGCCCUUAAAUUAAGAAAAAUAUGCACUAAGAUUUAGGCUAUGAUAUUAUGCAUUAUCAAACAUGGCCUCUGUCAGGGCGAAUCUAGAGAGCAAUGCAGUAUUUAGUCAUAUUUUAUCCAAAAAUAUUAAGUAAAACAAAAAAGAAUGUUUUACUUGUAUGUUGCGUGAAGAAAAGAUUCGUUUUGACGUAGUUUUGAUGACUUUUAAGUGUAUUUAAUUCUCCAAAUUACCAGUAGCCGCGCAAAAACCUCUAUUAUUGUUAUGCAGCAACAUCUAAUUCUCAUGAUCAUUCAAAAAUGAUACUAAUUUAAUUGCCAUUGCUCGAAGAAUAAUUUGCAACGUGCACACUUGUGGAAGUAUUAGCUAUUAAAAUCAAUGUAUGCGGAUUUCUAUUAAUCUAACGAAACAAAAACAAUUAUAAUAACUAUACAUAACAAUAACCAAGAGCCAUGAGAAUAUAUACAGUUUUUUUUCCGCAGAGAAUUCGAGGCGGAAAUGCACUUAUAAAAAAAAAUCACGAUAUUAAAAAAAGUGACUUAAUUAAAUUUUUUUAUUUUGAUAUUUCUCUGUGAGGUUCAUCUUACUAAAUGCUCUUCUGAAGCACAGCGCUUUUAAAGGAAUUCAUAUGCAAUGCAAAAUUAGGUUCGAUGCAGUUUUAAAACGCGCUUUAACUUUAUUCAAACGUUUUCGUCCCAAUCGCGUUGAAAUUUCCGAAAUGUUCUUGGCCCAAUCACAUCCCUGCGGCAGCUGAAAGGUAUUUAUGCAUCAAGUUGCUUUCCACAUUUUACUUUAAUUUUUUUUUUCUCGUGCCUCAUCUCUCUCAGUCUGUUGAGAGCGUAUGCCAAACAGGGCUCCGCGGGGGGCCGUGGAUAACAUCACUACACGUAUGGACGAACUUACGUACUGUAAAACAUAUAUAAGCUAGAAACAGUUUUCUCUUCGAUCUGUAAUCACGCAAAGAGAAUUGUUUCCUUUAUGUCGUCGUAAUGUGCUUUGCAUUAGAUAAAUGCAUUUUUUUCUACUUAGUGCCGUCACGGUUGAUAAGCUAAAUCGCUGAGGACAGGUGUUACUGUUCACAAAAAAAAACUGGCAGCUGAUCGCUUCCUGUCGAUAUGAAGCUAUCUGGACAUCAUUCUACCGAUACGUCAUCGAACGCUUCAAGUCUGUCAAUAAUGGGACUGUGCUCGAGUUUCUAUUUUGAGAAGGUCAUGUUAAUCUACACACAUGGAGUGAAUUUUCUUGACAUCAUCUUGCCUUUUUACAUCCGGUCUUAACUGCUUUAUGCAUUACCCCCCCCCCCCUCAAUCUACUUAGUAGCUCAUGUAAUCUUUCAUGAACUAUCAGGUGCUCUACAUACUUGCUAUUUGGACUACUCUAGAAGUUUCUGAACGAUCUCGUAGGUACAAUACAUCCUUUUUAUCCGACCGAGAGCAUCCUGAUUUACAGUGUUUUUCGACUAGUGCUGUCAUGUAAGUUCUUCUUUUUCUUGUUCUCUCUUUUUUUUUUGAAGAGAGAUGUCUGUUUUUUGGGGUUUUAUAACAUUAUCAUCCUUGAUUUUAAUUUUUUUUUUUUUUUUUUUUUUUCUGCCACCAGCUUCACCCCAAUAAAAGCAUUAAAUUAUUUCCUUUACCUACAACAUCACGUUAAUGCAUUAACAGUUUUUUAUUUACACUGACCACCCAACUAUAGCUGCUCUCGUACCAUAUAGCUGGUCAGAUUUAGGUUAUAUUUUGGAAUAACUGAAAAAUGCUAUUUUCCUAUGUAAGAAAAUAAAGUAAAAAAAAAAACAAAUAAAUGAACUUUUGGAAAA